CUUAGGGUAUCUGUGAGUUUGCGAACAAUAACUAUUUCUUACAGUUCAUUUAUCAACAGACAUACGUUUUUCGAGAAUACCGCAUUCUGGCAUGUUAUGAUUCGGUUAAGUGUGUUUUACCAGUAGAAAGUUUUCCAUUGUUGAUUAUUUGCAAGAAAAUACAAACAUAAGAAUAACAAUCUCUACUGCAGGUUACAACCGCGUCAUUGCGGGUGUCAGUUUUAGAUCAUUAUCUGAUUAAUUCUGACAGACAUAUAUCGUCAAACGCAGAACGUGUCAAAAAGACGCUUGGACGCCAUGAUGGACGGUAUAUGCGAUACUACCGACAUUUUAAGUAACGUCCCUCCUAAGAAGACAAUUCAUGCAGAGAAUGUAGAUCUCUCUGACAAGUCAUUGCAGGUGGAUAUUUCAGAUGCUCUUAGCGAAAAGGAUAAAGUAAAAUUCACUGUACAUACGAAAACUACACUACCCGAAUUUCAAAAGCCAGAUAAUUUAGUAGUAAGGCAACACGAAGAAUUUGUGUGGUUACACGAUCGAUUUGAAGAAAAUGAAGAAUAUGCUGGCUAUAUUAUUCCUCCUUGUCCACCACGACCAGAUUUCGAUGCAUCUAGAGAAAAAUUACAAAAACUUGGGGAAGGUGAGGGUAACAUGACUCGCGAAGAAUUCAAUAAAAUGAAACAAGAAUUGGAAGCCGAGUAUUUAGCAACAUUUAAAAAAACUGUUGCUAUGCACGAAAUGUUUUUAACAAGACUAGCAAACCACCCAGUUUUUCGAAAUGAUCAUAAUUUAAGAGUAUUUUUAGAAUAUGAUCAAGAUCUUUGUGUGAGAGGAAAAAAUAAAAUGGAAGUAUUUGGUGGUUUGGUAAAAUCAUUUUCUACCACCACGGAUGAAUAUUACUUGUCUGCAACUGUAAAAGAUGUGAAUGACUUUUUUGAUCAGGAAAUGACAUUUUUGCAAACUUAUCAUCAUAAUCUAAAAGAAGCAACAGUUCGCGCAGAUCGGCAAACAGCUAAACAUAAAGAUGUAGCUGAUUCUUAUAUAAAGAUUUCUACAAAUCUUUUACAAUUAGCUACAACUGAUAAUGGUAAACUAGAAAAAUUUUUAACAAAAAUUGCAGAAACUUUUGAGAAAUUGAGGAAAGUUGAAGGACGAGUAGCAUCUGAUGAAGAUUUAAAAUUGUCAGACACUCUUCGUUACUACAUGAGGGAUACAGCUGCAGCCAAACGACUGCUUUUUAGGAGAUUAAAAGCUUUACACGCAUAUGAAUCUGCAAAUCGUGCUCUUGAAAAAGCUCGUGCCAAAAAUAAAGAUGUUCAUGCUGCAGUGGAGGUUGCUGAGGCAGAACAAGCUCAAACAGAAGCAUGUGAAAAAUUUGAACAAAUGUCGGAAAAAGGAAAAGAAGAAUUGACGGAUUUCAAAACAAGAAGAGUAGCUGCUUUUAGAAAGAAUCUAAUCGAAUUAACGGAACUAGAAAUAAAACAUGCAAAAGCACACGCGGAAUUGCUCAAAAAAUGUUUAUCGGUGUUACGAGAACAGUGAUCCAAUUUGAUAAUUGUCAUGGCAAAGAUUACUAUGUAAUCUGUAUGAAGAUAACAAUUUAUUUAAAGCUAUAGUAAUGUAACGGUACUGUAAAAUAUAUAUUUUUUGUUAUCUAGA